AUGCGCGAUCAGUUCCGCCGCUCCCCUGUCUCCCGACCCGCCGUGCCCGCUCCGAGUAUGAAUACCGAUAAACAAAACAAUGGCGCUCCUGCCAAACCAUUCACUCCUACUCUCAGUGCGGCUUUCAGGACGGCGAACAAGAACUCGCAUCCUCUAACUCCCCGGCUGGCUGGUGCUGGAGGCCACCAGACUCCGAAGAAGAUCUCUCACACCGACACCGCCUCUCCCCUCCCACACCGAGACGAUGGGCCAACCUAUCUCAGUGCCAAUAUCACCCCACGAUCGGGGUCACGAAAUUCCAGAAGGGAUGGUGCCCUUUCUUCUCCUGAGAACACUCCCACUGGUGCACAACAAGUCUCUCAGACGUCGCGUCCGACGCUGCCUCUGGCAGCCGGAGGAUAUCAUCGGACAGAACGCAGUCCGGUUCGCGGGAGUGGGAAACCAGAACCUGCAAGACCAACAAGAGCAAAGAGUGUGACAGGGGAUAAUCUCACUCCGCGGGUGGCGUCACGGCCCAAUUCGUCCUGUGAAAGCUCUGGCGGUUCGCCCAUGUUCUUCCAUGCCGACGAUGCCCGGUCUUCGGUGUCCUCCUAUGAGACAGAAACCCGGCCCAGAUCCUACAUCAAGUCGUCCCAAGGAUCAACCUUCCUCUAUGCUGAUGGAACACGGGACGAUGAGUCUCAGGACAAUUUGAGCAGGACACCGUCCACAAACAAACGCCGUUCCACCGGAUCGUCACGGGCGCCUGCAGCUGCGACGAAUCAUCCGGACGUUUUACCAAGACUAAAGUCCUCUCAACUGUCAGAGCCAGAGUCGCGACCGUCUGCGGAUAGCACUCUCCAGCCAAGUCCAAAUAUUGACGAUGUUACGGAAUCCAAGUCUCGGCAGUCAUCUCCUGCACCGAAUCUCGCUGAACAGGUAGCACGACCAUCUUGCCCGAUCGGGCAGCAACUGUCUCAUCGGAAGUCCUGCAGCCUCGAUUCCACCCCCAAUGUAGCAUCACCACGAGGAGGCGGGCGUCGUGCCAGCCCUAUCAUAUCAUCUUCCUUUCUACCGCCAGAAGUGUUGAACGGUGGACAGACGCCCAAUCUCAGCCCCCGAGUUGUUAGCAACAACUCUUCCGAUCCAGCGGAACCGCAUGGAUCAUCCUUUCCUCUAGCACAAAGUCCCAUUAAGAUAGAGGGACCAACGUCCCAUACUGAUGAGCAGGCAGUCAAUGCGCGGACAGCGCGCAAGAUCCUGGAUCUCGAAAUCAGCAACUCAUCUCUUCUAGCGAUCAAUCGUACUCUGGAACGCGAACUGCGAAAACAGAACGCAGAGUUGCGGAGAUAUCGACGGCUAAGUCGUGCUGGUCGACUGUCGAUCGACCCCCUCUCUCCGUUCUACCUCUGGAGGUGGAUUGUCUAUGGUCAUGACAAUGAGUCUUCUGCAGAAGGAGAAGACGGUACCGGCAGUCCGAACUCAUCAGCCGAUCGCGACACGCGCGUCCGUGCGAGCGAUGAGAAACGAUUCUUACUGGACCUUGCCAAGCACCAGGAGUUGCUGGCCGACAGUCAGAAAAUGAACCAAAGCCUCAAACGGUGUUUGGGGUGGACGGAAGAAUUGAUCCGGGAGGGCAAGAAAGCCCUCGAGUACCAUGUGCACGUGAACGAUGUUGAAAUUGGUGGUCGAGUGCUUGCACCGGAUGAGGUGGGAGAGGAAGUAACUAGUGGACGAGCACUCUUGAGCCCAGCGGCUGAAAUACAAGAAGCUCUCGAAGCUGAAAACUCAGAGUUGUUACAUCAGUGA